GGGCACCAGAGCUAGGACGUAAACUGUUCUGCCACUAGCAGUUAUAGCCUGAGCUCUCAGUAGAAUUGACAAGGUGACCUGCAGUGUCCUUCUUUUAGAAAAUCAAAAUCUGCAAAGAAAGACCUCAACCAAAUGGAGGAUGAAACAUUUCAAGAUGAUCUUCAGACUUAUAAAAAAAGAAAUUGCCUUUCCUACACCCAGAGAUCCAACUUCCAUAUCUAUGUUCUGCUGGCAGUCUCUUUUCUCCUAACAGUUAUUUUCUACAUUGUAGUUCUUUCCAAAGCCACAAUUCUUUCAUCAGAAGUGAACAAAAUAAAUAUGGAAUUUCCAGUACUAAUGGCUGACCAUGAUAAGAAAUUGUUCCCGUGUGGCCCUAACCACACACAGUGGGAGUACUUUAAUGAGAAGUGUUAUUACUUCUCUCUGAAGAAGGGUACCUGGAGAUGGGCCAAUGAUCAAUGUAGGGAUAAUCGUGCACAACUGGUUGUCAUCAAUAAUAUGGCUGAACAGAAUUUCCUUCAGACACGAGCCAGGAAUGAACGUCAUUGGAUAGGGCUUACAGACAUAGAUGUAGAAGGAGAAUGGAAAUGGGUGGAUGGUAGCAAUUACAGAAAUGGAUUCAGGUAUUGGAAGCGAGGGGAACCUAAUAAUGACGGCAGGAAUGAGGACUGUGCGCAUCUCUGGGGCAAUGGAGAAUGGAAUGAUGUUUACUGCACAUUCUUAUGCUACUACAUCUGUGAAAAAUCCUUGCCAAGAGUCUUCUAAACAUCCUCACAGCACAGGGGAACUGAGGGCCUAAUUGCCAAAUAGUGCAGAUUUUACCAAGGAGAUGUCUUAUAUCUCACUUUUAAAGACAUUAUUGUUGUUUUCAUUGUUAUACUUUUAUAAAUCCCAAAUGAUUUUCUUACUAUUACUGCCAA